AAACUGAAGAAUCUGUUUCAUUUCUCUCUCUCUCUCUCCCUAAUGACUUUCCUUCUCUUCCACGUCUCCUUUUAAAUUCAUUUCCCGACGAGGGCAACAUUGUGGAUGUUGUGGCCGAGUGUUUUCCGGUGAACGUUGUUGGGUAUUGAAAUUUGUGCAGUUUUCGCCUCUUUUCUGUCUCUUUUCAUACCAAUCUAUCUUGAAUUUCAUGGAAACAUGAAGUUCUCCGGUUGUUUGCCCUUACUUGCAGAGCAAAAAAGUAGGCAUUCUUGUUUUUGUACCCUUCUUCCAGUCACUACUUUGCUUUGUCUUGUAUUGUUUGUGGGGAGUGCAUAUAUAGCACCAGAUUACAGAGAGAAAAUCUCUAACUGGGGAAUAGAUGGUUUUGUCAGAUCAAAGUUCAAUAAAUGUGAGAAUCAAUGUAGACCAAAUGGAAGUGACCCGCUACCUAAAGACAUUGUUGUCACUGGAUCUAACUUGGAAAUGCGACCGCUGUGGGGUGCGUCGAAGCGUUCUUAUCAGAAACCCGUUAACGUAUCGAGUAAUUUAUUUGCCGUGGCCGUCGGGAUUAAACAAAAAGAUCUUGUGAAUACAAUGGUAGCAAAGUUUCUAGCUAGCGACUUUGCUGUGAUGCUUUUCCAUUAUGAUGGUAUCGUGGACAAAUGGAAGGAAUUUGAGUGGAGUAAUCGUGUAGUACAUGUGACUGCAAUCAAUCAAACUAAGUGGUGGUUUGCCAAGCGCUUCUUACAUCCUGAUAUUGUAGCAGCAUAUAAUUACAUCUUUCUUUGGGAUGAGGACCUUGGAGUUGACAAUUUCAAUCCUAAAAAGUAUGUACAUAUUAUUGAAAGUGAAGGGCUAGAGAUAUCACAACCAGCUCUUGAUCCACUCAAAUCAGAGGUGCACCAUCAAAUUACUGCACGUGGGAGGCGAUCGAAAGUGCACAGGAGAACUUACAAACCUAGUAAUGGUGGAAAAGGUUGUGAUAUCAACAGUACAGCCCCUCCAUGCACUGGAUGGAUCGAAAUGAUGGCCCCGGUUUUUUCCCGAGCGUCAUGGCGUUGUGUUUGGUAUAUGAUCCAGAAUGAUUUGAUCCAUGCUUGGGGCUUAGAUAUGCAACUGGGAUAUUGUGCACAGGGUGAUCGAACAAAGAACGUCGGUGUCGUUGACUCCGAGUAUGUAAUCCAUCAUGGACGACCGACGCUCGGUGGUCCAGAAGAAAAUGAGACAUCUUCAAAGUCUCCUGUAAAGGAUCAUAGAGCUGAUGUAAGAAGGCAGUCCUAUAUUGAACUAGCUGUAUUUAGAAAAAGAUGGCAAGAGGCUGCUGAGCAAGAUGAGUGCUGGCAUGAUCCAUACCCAGAGACAAUGGAUGGCAACACCACUUUAUAAGACGAUCAUACGACGAACUGGUACGUUCUUGUAACAAUGUAGAUCGUCAUUGAAGCUUAGAAUAUAGAAACUUUCAUGGCCAUUGGUAUUGAAGGACAAGGAGGAAACAAUGAUUGUUUAUCAGAAAUAUAUGCAGCGGAUAGCUUAACACGAAACCUCGGGUAUGAGCUUCCGAUCUCGUGGUGUUCUGUAUUUAAAAUGCUGUAAAUUUCAACUUCUUCUGUUGAAAUAUGUUUUUAAGUAUUACCGGGGUAUACCAUUUAGAGUUG